GAGGUGCUUGAGGUUCUUGCUAGGUCGGAGUGUCUCUCUUUUUAAUCAUCAUUGGAGUGUGAUUCAGGCACAUUUGAAUCUAAUAGCGUAUAGCGCUUCCACCUCAUUGUAUGGGAAUCACGCUUGUUUAACAGAAUGAAUGAAUGAAUGGUUUGGCUGCGGGAGAAUCUCUGCAUUGGACCUCAUUAAGCCCAUAACGGAUGCUGCAGGAACUUGACUUGUGGACUCGGAUGUUAUCCCUUCCCCUGAGUCACGGACCAUAUGACAGCCAGCCAGAUCGAGCCUGGAAGUCACACGUUUGGUUUUGACUACCCGCGUGACAGUCUCCUGUGAGGUUAAGAGAGAGGAGCUCCUUUUUUUUUUUUUUACACCUGGCUGUGAAUCAAAAAGGUCCCACGCGACGUAACAAGAAGCAGAGACCCAACGCAACUCAACACCCACCUCCCCUGCCACGAGCUACACCAGCAUGGCAGAUGACCAGCAGCCAGAAGACGGUGCCUCCCAGUGGGACCCAUCAGGGGGGCAGGAGCCGACUGGAACCCAUGGAGCCAAUGGUUUCUCUUCCUCGUACAGGACUUGCCAGACGGCUGGAACCCAUGCACCCUCUGUCCCCUUUUCUGCUAGGGAGAAUGGCUUUAAUGGGGAGCUAACGGGUGCUCACGCCAUAACUGCAGAACAAGUGUCAGCUAGGAUUGUGCAGGAAGUAACAGCAGAGGCAGUGGCAGUGCUAAAGGGGGAACAGGAGAGUCAAAGGCUGCCAUCAGUUGAAGACACCACCAAUUUACCUCCCUCACCUCCUCCUUCACCUGCUGCAGAGCACUUUGGUCCUCUUGAGCAAGAUGUAGGGGAUGAGGAGGAGGCGGGCCCUCUCCGCCGCUUCCAAAAUUCACGGGAGAGGUGCAAGUUCCUCGCCCCCUCCAUCUCAGUUUCUGUGCCUGAGGACGACCCCUACCACUCUGACGAGGAGUACUAUGAGCACCCCUUGUUCAGCCCUGAGUGGACGCACUCGGGCGCCCGCCCCACGGGGCAGGCUGUGGCCUUUAGACAGAUUGAAGAAGAAACCAUCGAGGCUCUUACAGCUGAAUACGAAGAGGAGGUUGAAGAGGAUGAUGAUGAGGAGGAGGAGGAGGAGAGUGCAGAGGCAGCUAUUGAUGAGCAGCAAUGGAGCGGGGAAGAGCCUGACCUGGACAGCCCCCAAGCUGAACCUUUAGAACAGGCAGAUGCCUUAGACAAGGCCCAGGAUCUAGACCUGGGGUCGGUUGAAGCAGCUCGUGCUGCGACAGAGAGUUCUAUGGACAUAGAAGAGGAAGAGGAGGAUGAUAAGGAUGAUGAUGAGGAAGCAGAGGGUGAGGAGAGCCCUGAGACAGCUGUGAAGAUGGACUCAGAAAAGCCCGGAAGUGAGAAAAGUGGUUCGAUGAGCCCGGACAGCAUUGGAUCAGAGAAACGUCCAGAGGAGUUUUUUGAGUCCCAGAGCCAGGAGUUCUUCGCUGGAGAACGAGUCGUACCAGAAAGUCCCACCAUUGAUAUGCCGUCCUUUGUACCGCCAGCAGUUCAAAGCCAAGCCAAAGAAUCUGCCAAAUCAAUCACCCUUCAGCCUGUUUAUGGUGAGCCUCUCACAGUGUCCGAGAAGCAACCAUCGGUGGAGGUGGUGGAGUUCAGCAGCCUUGGUGCUCCCUCUGAUUUCUCCUCAAUGGGAGCCAAUGUUGAAGGAGGAACCUUGACCAGUGAUGCAAUGUCAGCAUAUUUUGAAACAUCAACCACUGAUGUUGAUGUGGCCCCCCAGGGUAAAAGUGAGGGUUAUUAUGAACUGAGCAGAGUCGGUGAAGAGAAGAAUACCGUUGAUUCCAAGUUACAGGAGAUCAGUUCCACAGUACAGGAUAGUCGUGAAUUUCAAACAGCAGAAGAAACACAAGUUUUCUCAGUUCCUGAGAGGAGUAAUGAGUGCAAGCUAUCCCCAGGUAAACUGGCCUUGGAGCAAAGGAGCUACUCACUAAACAUUACUAUUGGAGCAUUGGAUCAAAGCGGUCAGGGCAGAAUAAGGAACUUUUCCCCACUGGCUACCGAUAUCAUGUCGUACACCAGUGGAAGUCUUGAUGAGACAGCAGAUUACCUCCCAAUCACUACUCCCUCUGGAGAAAAGCCACCUCCCUUUCCUCCACUGAUCCUAGAGACCGCAGCAUCAGUCACUUCAGAUUCUUCAUCUCCACCAAGGAUGUCUGAAGAAGGUUCAAACCUCAGCCAAGAACCAGAGUCACCUGAGUCUCCUGAGUCACCUCAGCCGUGUGAGAGAAGUCCUAAAAAUAAUACAGUCAUGGCCCAGGACUUGCCUGAAAUGCUAGAUCUUGCUGGGACCCGUUCCAGGCUGACAUCUGAAGACACCGAUCCAGAAAUUGUACGGAGAAAGUCAAUUCAAGUGGAUGUUCCUAUCUUUUCUGAUGACCCGCUGGCGAGCUUUGUCUCAGGUGAACAGAGUCCUGGAAUGAGAAAGAGUGACAGUCAGCUGGAAGAGAUGGGGUAUUGUGUGUUUAGUGAAUACUCCGGGCCCAUGCCAUCCCCUGCAGAUGUGAUUAGCCCGACAAACACUUCUGCUCAGGUCUUCACUCCCUCUGUUCUUGAGGAGAAAGUUGCUGAGCAAGCCCGGAAACUAGCAGUCAGGGACACAUCUACGGAAGAUGAGAGCCCAACUGCAGACGAAGCUGUCAGUGAAGAAAAAGAAAAGAGCAAGGAGGCGCCAGAAGAAGGUCAAAAGGAUAUAAACGGCCAGCUGAAUAAACCAGCAAGUGAGGAGGUGAAAACAUCUGCCCUUCCAGCGGAGACCUUUGUGACACCCACAGUCACUGUGACUUUAGAAGAAGGUGGAAGCUCAGGAAGUGAGACAGAGCGACAAGCUAGCGGUGAAGGCUCUGCUUCUGAAACUGAGAUCGCCGACUAUGAGCGGCAGAUCCGCAAACUGGAGAUGGAAGACAGGCCUCUCAGUUUGGAGGAGGAACGAGAGCUGCGGGAACUCCGGGAGAAGGUAAAGUUAGUGCACCAGGAGGCCUAUGAGGAGGUGGAUGCCGAAGAUGUGUACCAGUUGACUGGGGUUGCCAAAGAUCGCAUCGCAAGGCCUGUCAAAACUUCGCCCACCUCCUCUGUGGAAAGUAAUAUCGAUGAUGAUAAACUACUCUCACCAGUGCUCUCACCAUCCAAGCUUAAACAAAAAGAACUUUACGGCUCCCCCAAAAGAGCUGUGUCGCCUGUGUUGGCAGCAACCAAAGAUGGGAAGGAGAUUAGAGAACAGCAAGAAAAAGAAGCACCUGAGAAGAAAAUAAAGGAUGAGAAAGAGGAAACAGAGAAAAAAGCAAGAGAAGAGACAGAACAGAAACAGAAGGAAGUAAAAGACAAAGAAGAGGCGGAAAGGAUACGAAUGGAAGAAAAAGAUAAGGAGAAAGAGCUGAGACAGAAAGAAGAGAGAGAGAAAGAGGAAAGGGAGAUUCAAGAAAUGGAAGAGAGAGGGAGGAUUGAGAAAGACAGGAAAGAAAAAGAGGAGAGGGGGCGAAAAGAAAAGGAAGAGGCAGAAAGAACUGAGAAAGAAAGGAAAGAAAAGGAGGAGAGGGAGCGAAAAGAAAAGGAAGAUGCAGAAAGAAUUGAGAAAGAAAAGGAGGAGAAGGAGCGAAAAGAAAAGGAAGAAGCAGAAAGAAUUGAGAAAGAACGGAAAGAAAAAGAGGAGAGGGAGCUAAAAGAGAAAGAAGAGGCAGAUAGGAUUGAGAAAGAGAGAAAAGAAAAAGAGGAGAGGGAGUUAAAAGAAAAGGAAGAGAAAGAAAGGAAAGAAAAGGAGGAGAGGGACUUAAAAGAAAGGGAAGAGAAAGAAAGAAAAGAGAAGGAGAGGGAGCUGAAAGAAAGGGAAGAGAGAGAACGGAAGGAGAAUCAGGAGAGGGAGAUUAAAGAAAGAGAAGACCAAGAGAAGCUAGAAAGAGAAAGGAAAGAGAAAGAGGCACAAGAGAGAAAAGAACGAGAAGAGAAAGAAAAGGAGAUACAAGAAAAGGAAAGAAAAGAAAGGGAGGAGAAAGAGCUAAUGGAAAAGGAAGAGAAGAUCCAACAGGAGCUAAAAAAGGCUGAAGAGACAAAGACAAUGGCUCAAAUGGAAAGUGAAGAAGAGUUAGCAAGAGGAGCUGGCGCAACUGUGGUAAAGGAGAUCACUGAGACUUGUGCCGCCAUUGAGUCGGUGGUAACAGUGGAAGACGACUUCAUCACUGUGGUGCAGACCAUCGAUGAAGCAGAAGAACCAGGGCACAGUGUUCGUUUCUCUGCUCCACCUGAAUCUGAAGUCCUCUGUAUUCCUGGUGUGGAAGAGGAAGAAGAAGAAGAUGAAGAAGAGGCGUCAGUGGAGUUGGCCCAGGAGGCAAACAUCGAGGCUGAAAGCUUCGAAGAGGUUGGUGAAGUUUCUGAGAACCUUGGAUCUCCUGAGCAGGAAGCUCUGACCGUAGAAACCGAAGGCCCAACAGAAAGUUAUGACAGAGAUGAAACCACCAUGGAUGACUCCAUCUUGGACAGCUCUUGGGUGGACACACAAGAUGAUGAUAAGAGCAUGGCUACGGAGCAAAUACAGCCCUUGCCAAAGGUGCCAAGCCCUGUCCAAAAGCCAACUGUGGCCCAGAAUAAGCAGACACAGCAGAAGAGAACAGAGAAGCCUGUCAAAGCCAAAAGUAAAGGAGGGAGGGUUAAAGGCAGAAUUGCUACUCCUGAACGCAAACCUGUCUGUAAGGAACCAGUUUACAUCCCUAGAGAGGAAGUUAAGAAGAAAAAAGCCAUGGCAAAGAAGACUGAGCUUACCAAAAAAACAGAGGCUCAGACACUGUCCCCGUCGAAGAGGAGUGGGCCAAAACCAGCUUUCCGCCAGACCCGCCCCACCCAGCAUCAUUCUGUUCCCAGAAGGAGACUCACAGAUGCACUUUCAGACAGUCGUCACCCUUUCACUGUUGCUCGGCGGUCUUGCGACAGAGCGUUGUGCCAUGCCCAUCAUUUUCACUUCACAAAGACCCACUCCUCCAUGUCCACAAUGGGUGACUCAUUAAAUGGACGCCAACCAUCCUCAGCAUCGGUAUUUCCUACCCUCAUAGCCAAGGAUGGUAGAUCACAAAGCCCCGACAAGACAUCCUCUGUGCCACGGCAUGCAUCCGCUCUUAGUCGCCGUGGAUACCACGAGCAUGAGGACAGCUCAACCUCCAUCACCAGUUCUGGUUCAACAGCCCCUCGCAGACCCAUGUCAUGUCGUGCAGCGAUGAGAGCAGAAUAUAGGACAGGUCGAGCUCCCAGUAUGACAGUGUCAGAGCCAGUGCGCUCCCGUUCAGCCCGCAGUGGCCACUCCACUCCCCGUACCCCGGGCUCCAGCGCCAUCACCCCAGGGACCCCUCCCAGCUACUCAUCGUCUUCAAGGACUCCGGGAACCCCUCGUUCCCUCAGCCUGAUUUCCCAAGAGAGGAGAGUGGCCGUGGUCCGCACACCACCGAAGUCCCCCGCCACCACGCCCAAGCAGCUCCGCAUCAUCAACCAACCUCUACCUGAUUUCAAGAAGGUCAAGUCCAAGGUCGGCUCCAUAGAUAAUAUCAAGUACCAGCCCAAAGGUGGACAGAAGCACAAGGAGCAAAUCAUGGCAGUUGAGGCCAAACACAAGCCCCCCUUUUGGAUCUGGAACUCAGUGCUACGAAUCAUCUCCUUUACUCUGUGUCUGUCAGCGGCUCACAGUAUGACCUGGACCCAAGACCUGCUGAAUCAUAUUUUAAACAAGAAUCUGGACUUCAGGUACAUACAGUCCAAAUGCAGCUCCAAGGAUAAUCUGAAGCAACCUCCGCAUGGAGGCAAUCCAAGAGAGCCAUUGAACGCUGCAGCGCACUCGCAUUUUAUCAUCCUUGCACAUGAAAUGAAUCGUUUAAGGCGAUUGCAGCUUUGUGUGCUGGUUCUCAUCCCCAGUGUUAAGCUGGACUAUAGCCAUGUUCAGUCUAGGUGUGGGUCCUUGGACAGGAGGGGCUACUCAGCAGGAGGUGGAAAUGUGCAGAUCCAGAACAAGAAGAUAGAUCUGAGUCAUGUGACUUCCAAGUGCGGCUCUCUGGACAACAUUCAUCAUCGUCCAGGAGGAGGUAAUGUUCGCAUCGAGAGUGUGAAGUUGGACUUUAAAGACAAAGCCCAAGCCAAGGUGGGCUCCUUGGACAAUGCUCACCACACUCCUGGAGGAGGACGUGUUACGAUUGAGAGCCACAGGUUGACGUUUCGCGACCACGCCAAGGCGCGAGUGGACCACGGAGCUGAGAUCAUCGUGCGCUCGCCGGACCGGUCCCGCUCCAUGUCGCCCCAGCGCCAACGGGACAGCCACCUGUCGUCCUCCGGCAGCCUCAACGUAACGGAGUCUCCACAGUUAGCAACCUUAGCCGAGGACGUGACUGCCGCUCUGGCCAAGCAGGGUUUGUGAACAUGCGUCAUGGAUGCUCUUACACGGAACCUGUCAAUCUUCUGGAGCCUGUGGGGGGGGGGUGACACGGACUCGGCUUCACAUCUCCAUCUCUUAAAGACCCACUCGUAGGCGCUCCUCUUUAUUUCUGUCUGUUUUCAUUCCAAAUGUGUGCUAUUUCUCCUUUAUUCCCUCCGACUCUUCUUUGAAACGAUGUUGCAUAGAAUAGUUCACCUCCGGUCCACACUAGGAUUAACUGUACAUACGUUGGUGGUGACGGUGGGGGUGGGGGGGAGGGCAGCUCUCGGCCUUACUGAUCCUGGGUGUGUGUUUUAAACAAGCUUUUAUUUCCAUAUGUGACCAUAUUCUGUAUGUGGAAGUAAUGUGGCCAGCACAUCACGCUGCACGUGUUGUUCUUGCUAACGUGCAUGGACGCCAGACCCCUUAACAAAUCCUCUAUAUGUAUCACACACAUAGAAAUAUAUAUACUUCUACAUAUAUAGGAACGAGUAUAGGAAUAUAGGUUACCAUCUACAUGUCCUUUAAACCUUUUCCAAGGAAGCAACAACACACCAACACGUAGAAUAUGUAUUGUAUUACUGCAAACGCUAGGCCGUGUAUGACGAGCAUGUGUUGAUUCUCACACGAAAAGAGGCUAUUUUGUAAUUUCAAAAGGGAUUUUAGUAAGUUACCUCUUCAUCCGAGAAGAAAUGAAAAAGUUCAUGUUUUGUAGUUCUACCGUGUAUUUCUGUAUUUCUUGGCGUCGGCCGCUUGACGUUGUGUUGCUAAGCAACACAAGGCCUGAGUUUUCAUAGACAAGCAACCAUCUGAAAUCAAUGCAGAUUUGACCCUGCUAAUGUUGGACUGUAGUGAUGGGCGAUACCAGAUUUGUUUUUAUUUUUAAUUGAUACAAUACCAAUUACUGUUUUGGUAUUCUUUUUCAACCACCAAUUGCUUUCUUGCCAUUUUUUUGAUACUGAUAUCGAUUACUUUUUUGACAUUUUUUCCGAUACCAAUACCAAUGCUGAUUACUUUUUUGACAUUUUUUCCAGCACCGAUACCAAUGGCUUGUUUUCCAUUUUUCCAAUAUUGAUAUCAACUGCUUUAUUGGCAUUUUUUCAAUUUGAUACCAAUGACUUUUUGGGCUUUUUAUUCAAUAACGACACCAAUUAUUUUCUUGGCAUUUUUUGACACUGAUACCGAUUACUUUUUUGCCAUUUUUUUUCCCAAUACCGAUACCAAUUAGUUUUUUGCCAUUUUUUUCAAAUGUCGAUAUUCAAUUACUUUAUUAGUCUUUUUUUUCAAUACCAACACUGAUUACUUUUUUUUGCAUUUUUUUUCCCAAUACCGAUUACCUUUUCUUUUGCCAUUUUUAAUACCGAUAAUAAUUCCUGUCUUGUCCUUUUUUUAUAUCGAUCCCAAUAAUUUGGCAUUUUUUUUCAGAUACCAAUGACUUUUUUGGCAUAUUUUUUUCAAUAACAAUACAAAUACUGAUUAUCUUUUUGGCUUUUUUCUCUCUUUUUUUAAAGAACAAUUACUUUAUUGCCAUUUUUUUCACAAUUUAUCCCAAUACUGAUGACUUUUUUGGCAUUAAAAAAAAUGCUUUCUCUACUUUCUCUGCUUUUUAGUACUUUUUUCUCUUUUUUUUUUAGAAUUUUUGAAAUACUAUGCGCAUUACUUUUUUGCCAUUUUUGUUUCCAGAUACCAAUUACUUUUUUGACUUUAUUUUUUUUUCAAAACCCAUACCGAUGCUGAUUACUUUUUGGGUAUUUUUUUCAAUAUGGAUUACUUUUUUGGCAGUUUUAUCCCAAUAAUGCCCAAAAGAAAUACUGGCCCUUUAACACUGCUGACGUGUAUUUUUCAUAACAUAGUACGGUAGUCAUAACAAAUGACAAUACUUGAUGUUUUACACAAUGCAACCUAAAUAGUUGAAUUGCUACCGUUAAGGGACCAAGAUGUCCUUUUCAAAAAUCAUAUUUUUCAUAUAUUUUGAUCAACUUGAGUCCAGAUUAUGAGUGUUAAAACCCUGAAAUCAGUCAAAUAUCUGGUAUUUAUGAUAAAAAAUGACGACUGAUGUAUGAAAAAGUAGGUUGUGCAGUGUAAAAAUAGAGUAAUAUGUCGUUUGUGCUUGAAAUGUCACAACUAGUCUCAUACUAGUACCCUGUUAACACAGUAACACAUAUCGUUACCACGGAAUGGAUACGCCCAUCACUAUUGGACUGUGUCUUAUUUAAGUGCUGAUAUGGGCUUUAGGGGAAGAUUGUGUGUGUGUGUGUGUGUGUGUGUGUGUGUGUGUGGGUGCAUUUGGUGCAGACCUCCGGUUUUACAGCCAGCGUAUCUAAAUGUUUUGUUGCAAAAUGUGGCAGCAUUAUACAAAUAAUGAAAAAGAUGACUCUUCCAGCAAAGAAAAGGGGGAUUCUUGUGUUCACAAAAGGUGUUGCAGUGAUAUCUUGUUUGUUUUUCAGACUCUUGCCUGGGCGUUUUUUUGCUUCUGUGUUUUUUUUCAGCAUUCCCCAUCAGCGUCUGCCCCUUCCGUCCCCAUCCCAUCCCAUCCCAUCCCAACCUGCAGCAAGUAAAUGUAUUUAAAAAGGUCAAGUAGAUGUUUUGUUUUUUUCAUUUCUCGAUGAUAUGAUGCCAUUCAUGAAAAAUAAAUGCGAUAAAAAUGAA